ACAGCAGAGAGCUCUACAAGCUCGGCUUCCAUACAAUAAGCCAGGAAUAGGGGGGGUUGGAGCGCGGUGCUGGGGGUGUCAACUAUGGGAACAGAGGGCCGGGGGCGGUAUCUCUCGCUCUGUGGAAGACGACACAGAAAACCACUUACGAUCCAUAACGUGGUAGCCCCCAGGCGCGACCAGGGACCGGCUGAGCGGUUCAGCGUGUCGAUGAGGCAGAGGUGGCCGGCAAAAGGGCGCUGUUCGUUGUCUCUAUAAAUGUGCUUUCUUCGGUGGAUUUUUGUCUGGCGGCGGAAGGACGACGCAGAAGCAAAGGAAAAAAAAGGAAGAAGAGGUGGAAAGGUCAGACGGCCGUUGUCUUUGCCUCUUGAGGCUAGACUGGCUGAGUAAGAGAUGAGUCAGUCAAUAGCUUAGUCAUUGAUUAGAUAAUGAUUUGUGUUAUUGCUGACUCAUCACAACGCACGAACCACAGGCCGUGGAUAAGUAAGCCGAAAAAAGGCAAAAAGUUUAGAAAAAAGGAAAGACAAAAAAAAAAGACACAAAACAAGGACUUCAACUCUGCCGUCCACCCACCGACACCCGCAGCGUCCAACGGCCACCGCGUUCUUGUUUCUUCGUUGAAAAGAGCUCCCUUCCUCCUGAUAGACAGCAGGUCGAGGAGCAAUCAGUUGGGUCGUUUUGGCUACCAGGCGGACUCGAUAAAAGCUGCUGGAAUUUUUUCUUUUUCUCUUCAAUACUGCCCCUCCACAAAAUAAAUUUAUCUAGUUACAGGACACCUAUAUACGACAGCAUUCGCAGCCAUCCACCAUGUCUGAUAAGCUAACUAGGUAUGCUAUUACUGCAUUUAUGCUACAAGAACUCAGACUAAUCCCUCUUUGUUACUAUAGGAUUGCUAUCGUUAACAGCGAUAAGGUAUCUAUACUAUAACCCCGCUAUAUUUAUAUACCCUUGGUUAGUUACGGGAUUCUGACGCCAAAAUCUUUCACCCAUAUAACAGUGCAAGCCAAAGGUUAGUGAGCUUGAAUGCCACCCUCAAUUGAACGGUCAACUGACUAGCAAUAUGCAGAAAUGUCGCCAGGAAUGCAAAAAGUCUUGCCCAGUGGUCCGUACUGGCAAGCUUUGCAUUGAAGUCGCCCCAGACUCGAAAAUUGCGUUUAUCUCGGAACGGCUAUGCAUUGGCUGUGGUAUCUGCCCAAAGAAAUGUCCAUUUGGUGCAAUCCAUAUCAUCAACCUGCCCACCAACCUGGAGUCUCAGGUCACCCACCGUUACUCAGCCAACAGCUUCAAGCUUCAUCGACUUCCCAUGCCCCGUCUGGGUCAGGUUCUUGGAUUGGUUGGAACAAACGGUAUUGGAAAGAGUACUGCACUCAAGAUUCUUAGUGGAAAGCUCAAGCCCAACUUGGGUCGAUAUGACAACCCACCGGACUGGGAAGAAAUCUUAAAGUAUUUCCGUGGAUCUGAGCUUCAAAGUAAGUUCCCUCCAUAGACAUGCGGGGGUUAAAACAUAUACUAACAAAUGCCUGAAGACUACUUCACAAAGGUCCUAGAAGACGAUCUCAAGGCUGUCGUCAAGCCCCAGUAUGUCGACCAGAUCCCUCGAGCUGUCAAGGGCCCGGUAAAGGAGGUCGGCGCUCUCCUGGAGGCACGCGCUCAGAUGGACAAUAUGGAGCAUGUCAUGGAUGUCCUAGAACUCCAGCAAGUCAAAAACCGUGAGAUCGGCCUGCUCUCUGGUGGAGAACUCCAACGUUUUGCCAUUGGCCUUGUCUGCGUUCAGCAAGCGGACGUGUAAGUCAACCUCAUGCCCGGAGUCGAAGAAGAUGAUCUAAUACUAGACUAGUUACAUGUUCGAUGAGCCUUCUUCCUACUUGGAUGUCAAGCAGCGUCUUGCUGCUGCACGUAUGAUUCGUGAACUUCUUCGACCAGACGACUACGUUAUUGUCGUCGAGCACGAUUUGUCCGUUCUAGACUACCUCUCUGACUUUAUCUGUGUUCUAUACGGUCGCCCUGCCGUUUAUGGUGUGGUUACACUCCCAGCCUCAGUCCGUGAAGGUAUCAACGUCUUCCUUGAUGGUCACAUCCUAACAGAGAAUCUUCGUUUCCGUGAAGAAUCUUUGACUUUCCGAAUCGCUGAAGCUGGAGAUGAUAUAAUGAUUGAUAAAGAUAGAGCCUUCAGCUAUCCAAAAAUGGAGAAGACACUUGGAAACUUCCACCUUACCAUUGAUAGCGGUCAGUUCACCGACUCCGAAAUCAUUGUCAUGAUGGGAGAAAAUGGAACAGGCAAGACUACGUUCUGUAAGAUGUUGGCUGGCGCAAUUAAACCAGACGGUGGUCAGAACGUCCCUCCAAUGAACAUCAGUAUGAAACCACAAACUAUCACACCCAAGUUCCAAGGCACUGUUCGACAGCUCUUUUUCAAGAAGAUUAAGGCUGCCUUCUUGUCGCCACAGUUCCAGACUGAUGUGUACAAGCCACUUAAGCUGGAUGACUUCAUUGACCAAGAAGUCCAAAACUUGUCUGGUGGUGAAUUGCAGCGUGUUGCUAUCGUCUUGGCCCUAGGUAUGCCAGCUGAUAUUUACUUGAUUGACGAGCCGAGUGCGUAUCUUGAUUCCGAGCAGCGUAUCGUUGCUGCUCGUGUUAUCAAGAGAUUCAUUAUGCACACUAAGAAGACCGCAUUCGUCGUUGAGCACGAUUUCAUUAUGGCCACCUAUCUUGCGGACCGUGUCAUCUUGUUCGAAGGAGCUCCUUCCGUCAAGUCAAAGGCAAACAAGCCCGAAUCUCUUCUUACAGGGUGCAACCGCUUCCUUCAGAACCUAGAUGUCACCUUCAGACGUGACCCCAGCACCUACAGACCACGUAUCAACAAGUAUAAUUCCCAACUUGACCAGGAGCAGAAGUUGAGUGGAAACUUCGUAAGUUUUAACUGUCCGUGGCCACACUAUUUUGUGUCUAACGUUAUAACUUCUAGUUCUUCUUGGAAGAAGAGAGUUGAAAAGGCUGUUCCACGGGAUAAUCGCCAUGAUGGUCGUAAUCGUCGAUGGUCUCACUGGCAGGAGAACUACUGGAGGGUUGUAAGGGACUGCCGCUUGAACCGUGUCAGUAUCUCCAGCCUAAAUGCCGGCCAAGGAUGGCGUACCAUCCGCUUCUUCGGAGAGGAGACGUCAUAUGGUGAUGACGAUGACGACGAUGACACAAAGAAUUUUCCAUGCGCCGGGUCAUCUGCAUAAAUGUUUGAAUACUUGUGACAGAACUACCUGUUCAUGAUUUCUAUGCCACGCCCUUCCACAAGUCUCAUACAAUGUGGAAAAGAGACGCCCAGUGAUGGCUAUGAGGCUCGCGAUGUCGAUCGACGCCUACUAUGUGAUGCCGCUGCGCACACUCGGUAGCGCCCUAUGAGUUCAAGAAUUUGAAAAGGUUACAAACCAACUUGCAGUUUCCUCGAAUAAAACUUGCCUUUCUAUUCUUUUGUGCCUGUACCGUUUUCACGGGAUGAUAAACCUGUACCUCAAUUUUGGUGAUAUGAUUCAACAUCUUUCUCCACUCCACUCGUUUGAAACAAAAAAUUUGGUUGAAUGGAUGGACUAUCCAACGCUUAGAGGAAUUGGCCUAUGUAGUUAUCGAGUCUAAAGUUCUAAACUAUGGAAAUAUAGGCUAAGAUGUUGGUUUGGUGAAAAAUACAGAAACAGAUCAGUAUACGUCUCCUAGUCUUCCUCAAUCUCGCCUUCCUCGCUGCCAGAAUGAACAGCCUUCUCUUCCGCCACAGGUGCUGCCUUCUCUUCCUUUUCUUUGCCCCGUCUCCCGCCAUUCGCGACACUUAGGCGAUCAG